AUGGCUCAGCAGACAAGUCCCGACACUUUGGGUGUUCCUGAAGUGGAUAACACACAUUGUCAAAAUCCAUGGUUAAAUGAAGAUCUUGUGAAGACCCUGAGGGAAAACCUGUUACAACAUGAAAAAUCCAGGACAUCUAGGAAAUCUUCACCUGCUUCUCCUCUGCUGUCUCCAGUUAUUUCUCCUCGAAACUCUCCAAGACUUUUGCGCAGGAUGCUUUUAAAUAGCAGCAUACCAAAGCAGCGGCGUUUCACAGUGGCACAUACCUGUUUCGAUGUAGACAAUGGUACAUCAUCGGGACGAAGUCCCUUGGAUCCCAUGACGAGCCCUGGAUCAGGGCUAGUUCUUCAGGCAAAUUUUGUCCACAGUCAACGUAGAGAGUCUUUCCUUUACCGGUCAGACAGUGACUAUGACCUUUCUCCAAAGUCCAUGUCCAGGAACUCCUCCAUUGCCAGUGAUAUACAUGGAGAUGACUUGAUUGUGACACCAUUUGCUCAGGUGCUGGCCAGCCUGCGUACUGUACGGAAUAACUUUGCUGCAUUAACCAAUUUACAAGAUCGGGCACCCAGCAAACGAUCACCAAUGUGUAACCAACCAUCUAUUAACAAAGCAACUAUAACAGAGGAGGCCUACCAGAAACUGGCCAGCGAGACCCUGGAGGAGCUGGACUGGUGCCUGGACCAGCUGGAGACCCUGCAGACCAGGCACUCCGUCAGCGAAAUGGCCUCGAACAAGUUUAAAAGAAUGCUCAACCGGGAGCUAACCCACCUAUCUGAAAUGAGCAGGUCAGGCAAUCAGGUCUCAGAAUAUAUAUCGAACACAUUCUUAGACAAACAGCAUGAAGUUGAAAUCCCUUCUCCAACACAGAAAGAGAAAGAGAAAAAGAAGAGGCCAAUGUCCCAGAUCAGUGGAGUCAAAAAACUGAUGCACAGCUCCAGCCUAACUAAUUCUAGUAUUCCCAGAUUUGGAGUUAAAACAGACCAAGAAGAUGUUCUUGCCAAGGAACUAGAAGAUGUGAACAAGUGGGGCCUUCAGGUUUUCAGAGUAGCAGAAUUAUCUGGAAACAGACCGUUGACAGUCAUCAUGCACACGAUUUUUCAGGAACGGGACUUGUUAAAAACAUUUAAAAUUCCAGUAGACACUUUAAUAACUUACUUGAUGACGCUAGAAGACCAUUACCAUGCAGAUGUGGCAUAUCACAAUAACAUACAUGCUGCAGAUGUUGUUCAGUCAACCCAUGUCCUGCUAUCAACCCCAGCAUUAGAGGCAGUGUUCACUGAUUUGGAGAUUCUUGCAGCAAUUUUUGCCAGUGCAAUACAUGAUGUAGAUCAUCCUGGGGUUUCAAACCAGUUUCUUAUCAACACAAAUUCUGAACUCGCCUUGAUGUACAAUGACUCAUCAGUACUGGAGAAUCAUCACUUAGCUGUGGGCUUCAAGCUGCUGCAGGAAGAAAAUUGUGACAUUUUCCAGAAUUUGACCAAAAAACAGAGGCAAUCAUUGAGGAAAAUGGUCAUUGACAUUGUACUUGCAACAGACAUGUCUAAGCAUAUGAAUCUGUUGGCUGAUUUAAAAACUAUGGUUGAAACCAAAAAAGUGACCAGUUCUGGUGUCCUGCUUCUUGAUAACUAUUCAGACAGGAUUCAGGUUCUUCAGAAUAUGGUGCACUGUGCAGAUCUAAGCAAUCCAACCAAGCCACUCCAUCUCUACCGCCAAUGGACAGACAGAAUAAUGGAGGAAUUUUUCCGUCAGGGAGAUCGGGAAAGAGAGAGAGGAAUGGAGAUAAGUCCCAUGUGUGAUAAGCACAAUGCAUCUGUAGAAAAAUCACAGGUGGGCUUUAUAGACUACAUUGUUCAUCCUCUGUGGGAGACGUGGGCGGAUCUUGUUCACCCGGAUGCCCAGGAUAUCUUAGAUACGCUGGAGGACAAUCGAGAAUGGUACCAGAGCACAAUCCCUCAAAGUCCCUCUCCUGCACCUGAUGACCCGGAAGAGGGUAGGCAGGGCCAAACUGAAAAAUUCCAGUUUGAACUAACACUGGAGGAAGAUGGUGAGUCAGACACCGAAAAGGACAGUGGAAGUCAAGUAGAAGAAGACACCAGCUGCAGUGAUUCCAAGACUCUUUGCACCCAGGAUUCAGAAUCCACUGAAAUUCCUCUUGAUGAGCAAGUAGGGGAAGUAGAAGAGGAGGAGAACCAGGCAGAACCUUGUGUGGUAGAAGACCGUUCGCCUGACACGUAACAGUGAAAACGCAGUCUCUUUCUCUCUUGCCCUCUCCCUUUCUUUUCCUCUUUCUCUCUUUAUGUCCUAUUUUUGUUUUUUUUUUGUUUGUUUUUAUUACUUAAUGGUUUCCAAAGUGUAUGUCAUAUGCUACAACCGUGGUCACAACUCGCUGUCAUCUGCCAGGAUAUUUGUUGAUCAAAACUGACCUUGAUGACUCAGUUUGGCACUCAGGAAUAUUGUAACCAGAAUUUUCACCUCCAU